CCGACCACAUCACGUAGUCACGAUGAACGGCUACCCGCCUGCAAUGGGCAUGCCUGCGCCGGCCUGGCGCGCCGUGAAGACGGCCGAUGGGAAGGAAUAUUACCACAAUGCGGCGACGAAUGCAACGACGUGGGAGAAGCCAGACGAGUUGAAGGACGACGUCGAGCGUGCGAUCGAAGGCACAGGAUGGGCGCGGCAGUUCACCCCAGAGGGAAAGGUGUACUACUACCACAAGGAAACUCGCGACACCACCUGGGCCAUCCCCGAAGAAGUCCAGCGGAAGGUGGACCUGGCGCAGUCGAACCAGCCGCCGCAGCGCCCCCCGCCCGGGCCAGCUGGGUGGGCCGCGGGCCCUGCGAGCGUGCCGCCGUCGAACGACUUCCGCCGGGAGCGCGACGAGUACCGCCCCGAGCGCCGCGACCGUGAGCGCGACUUCGACCGCGAGCGCGAGGGCUUUGGCGGCGACCGGCCGCGUGUAGAGUUCGCCGGCGGCAACGAGCUGUCGUUCAGCUCCACGCAGGACGCCGAGGCCGCCUUCGCCAAGGUGCUGAAGCAGAUGAAGGUCCAGCCCGACUGGGAGUGGUCGCAGGCGGUGCGCGCCGGCAUCAAGGACCCCAACUGGCGCGCCAUCCCCGAGCCCGAGAAGCGCGAGGAGGCCUUCAAGCAGUACUGCGAGCAGCUGCGCGCCCAGGAGAAGACCAAGGAGCAGGACCGCCAGGCCAAGCUGCGCUCCGACUUCACCGCUAUGCUGCGCUCACACCCGGAGAUCAAGUACUACACGCGCUGGCGGACCGCGCUGUCUUUUAUCGAAGACGAGAGCAUCUUCCGCUCCGCCCGCGACGACGGCGAGCGCCGCCAGCUGUUUGAGGAGUACAUCGUCACCCUCAAGAAGGCGCACGAGGAGCACGAGGCCGAGAGCCGCAAGUCGGCGCUGGAAGAGGUGCUGGGCCUGAUGCAGAGCCUCGACCUCGAGCCCUUCACCCGCUGGCAGGCCGCCGAGGCCAAGCUGGAGCAGAAAGAUGAGUUCAAGAGCGAGAAGUUCCAGUCGCUGACCCGCAUCGACGUCCUCAACCAGUUCGAGAAGCACAUCCGCCAGCUGCAGCGCGACCACAACGAACGCGUGCAGGCCGAGCGCCGCGCCAAGCACCGCGUCGAGCGCACCAACCGCGACGCCUUCACGAAGCUGCUGGACGAGCUCCGCGCCAGCGGCAAGCUCCGCUACGGCACCAAGUGGAAGGAAAUCCACCCGCUGAUCGAGCACGAGCCGCGCUAUACCGCCAUGCUCGGGCAGGGCGGCUCGUCGCCCCUGGACCUGUUCUGGGAUGCGUUGGAGGAGGAGACGGGCAAAUUCCGAACGCUGCGUCGCUACGCGCUGGACGUGCUGGAGCACCAGCGGUUCGAGGUCACCACGGCGACCCCAGUCGAAGAGUUCCUGAGUGUCAUGCGCAAAGAUUCUCGCACCGCUAACAUUGACGAGCAGUCGAUGCACGAUAUCUACACGUACAUCCUCGAGAAGGUCAAGAAGCGCGAGGAUGACGAGCGCAAGCUCGAGGAGUCGGACGAGCGCCACGCCGUCGACCGCUUGCGCUCCAUCAUCAAGCGCCUGGACCCCCCCGUGGAGCUUGCGGACACAUGGGAAGCGGUACGUCCCCGAGUCGAAAAGACCGACGAAUACCGCGCGCUGAAGACAGAUGCCCUCCGCGAGUCCGCCUUCGACAAACACAUGCAGCGCCUAAAAGACAAAGACACGGAGCGCCGCGACCGCAGCGACCGCCGCCGCGACUCACGCCCACGCAGCCGCGACCGCCGCGGCACCGACAGAGACCAUUCCUACCGGCCCUCCGACAACCCGCGCCGCGACCGCCGCACCCGCACCCGCUCGCCCGAGCACGACACGUACGCCGCAGAGCGCCGCCGCGCCCAGCAGGACCGCGAGGCGCGCUACCGCGACACCGAGCGAGCCGCCCUCUCGCCCCCGCCGCGCCGCGCCUACCGCGACGACGACCGCUACGAGCCGCCCCGCCGUUCCUCCACCGACCACUACCCGCGCGCCCGCCCAGACGACCGCUCCUACCGCCCCGACCCGCUCAGCCGCGCCGACCCGCGCGAAGGCUCCGCGAGCCUGGACUACGGCGACGGCGCGGGGCGCACGGCGCGGCGCCGCCGCGACAGCGAGGUCAGCGUGUCGCGCCGCGAUGUCAAGCGCCCGCGCUUCUCGCCCCGGCCUGAGACGGCGAGGGAGAAGAGUCCGGUUGUUAAGAAGGAGGAUGAGGAUCGUGCGAUGCGGAGUGGCAGCGAGGAGGGCGAGAUCGAGGAGGACUAGGGGGGUGUGGGGAUGCGCUGGUUGCGAGGCCGGGGGAGGAAUGGGAUUGGAGCACUGGAGCCCGACGGCGUGACGGCUUCUACGACGGGGAGUGCGAAUGCACCCUCUGUCUGUAAGAUGGUGUGUUGGGUAGUCGAGGGUUUUGGUAGGUGGAUGGGUCAGGCUAGGUGCAUGCAUCGGGCUGGGUGGAAGUAUUUGAACCUCAGUUUAGGCUUCCCCCCCCCCCCCGUAGGUAUCCUAUAGUAAUGCAGUGAUGUUUUUAUACACUGCCAUAUGCCUAGUAACACCC